CGACACAUAGAAAACACUUCUGUUCAUUUUUCUAGGGAAUCUAAGAUUUCUUCUAGUGAAAAAAUGAGGAUUGGAGGUAGUGAAGAAAUUGCCUGGAUGCAGAUAUGUGAGCCCACCGAAAAGGAUAAAGGAAAGUAUACUUUUGAGCUAUUUGAUGGAAAGGAUGCCCAUAAGCGAACUAUUGAUCUCUCUGGACAAGCAUACGAUGAUGCCUAUGCAGAAUUCCAAAGACUCAAGGCAGCUGCUUUUGCCGAGAAGAACCGUGGUAAAGUAAUCGGUGGAUUGCCUGAUGUUGUGACUAUAAUGGAAGGAAAGACCCUGAACCUGACUUGCACCGUCUUUGGUAAUCCUGAUCCUGAAGUGGUCUGGUUUAAGAAUGAGAAGCUUCUUGAACUUAAUGACCAUUAUGUAGUUACGCUGGAGCAAGGGAAGUAUGCCAGUUUGAUAAUCAAGGGGGUGUCAUCAGAGGACUCAGGAAAGUACAGUAUAAAUGUCAAGAACAAGUAUGGUGGCGAAAUGGUGGAUGUCACUGUAAGUGUGUACAAACAUGGUGAAGAGUUGCCUGACAUCAAACCUGCUGCAUCUGGUAAAGCAAGGCUAAUACCAGCAGACCCAGCUCAAGAACCUGCAAUGUCUAAACCUGCAAAAAGUGGCAGGAAGUAGAUUUGGGUGUGUUUGACAAAUGAAAAGCUAGAGAAAAGCUGUAGGAGUCCCCCCCCCCCCAUUAGUGUUUUUGCAGUAGUUAACUGCCAAUGUCCAAGGAACAGUCAAGGUUUUUGAAGUACGUACCACAUUCUCAGUUGUUGGACAGUCCCAUCCACAGAUGUGAUGACAUCAUUAUGAAUAGAAAUGUGUUGUGGCUUGCAAACAA